AGACGGCGAGAAUCAGUGUUUGCGCGGCAGAUCACGCGGACGGACGAGACUCUUAACUCGCUUUUGGCUGCGCUUUCUCUCGUCUCUUUUUCAUCCAAUCGUUUUGGCAAAUUUAUUUUUCAAGUUAAAGAGUUAAAACUUAUUUUACUCGCUUCCCCGACAUCUUUGGAGGAAAAAAAAAAAAGAAGAAAAUGGCCCCCAAUCCAAAUGAAUGCGUGGUGGUCUUGCAGAUGCAACAAUCGUCUCCAACUGCCCAGGAAUUGUCGGGCCAAAUAAUCAAGAUUGUCACUAGCGACGUCGAUUCAACAUCGGACGAAGGUGAGCAUUUUUACGAUGCUUCUUCUGACAUUGGCGGUACUGGUGGCAAUGGCGGGAACGAUGUUUCCGACGACAGCGCCCCAGAGAACAAUAGCGGCAACAAAGCAGAUUCUGGCAUUGAAGAUGUAACUUUCGAGAUCCCCGAUGCCGAACUGGCGGCUCAAAUUGUUGAGCAGGUCGAGUUCUACUUUUCCGAUGCUCAUAUUCUCAAGGAUGCCUUCCUGCUUAAACACGCCCGCCGUAACCGUGAUGGAUUCAUCUCAUUGAAACUCAUCACUAGUUUCAAGAAGGUGAAACACGUAACCAAGGAUUGGAGAGUCGUUGCACACGCGUGUCGGACCUUGUCCAAAGAGCUCGAAGUCAACGAGGCCGGUACUAAGGUGCGCCGCGUGGCUCCCCUACCCGAAACAGACGAGACAAGCCCAUCACGUACGGUCGUAGCUAUCGGCUUGGCAGUUGACAAGGCCAGCAUUGAAGGAGUUGCCGAAAUGUUUAAUGGCGUCGUUCAACAGGGCGCAAUCGGAUUGAUUCGCAUUCUACGACCUGGCAACACUAUCCCGCCAGAUGUCCGCCAAUGCGCUAAUCGCCAUCCAGACAUUUUGACAUCCAUUUGCGCUGUAGUCGAAUUCGAGCAAGCCGAAUGCGCCAGAGCGGCUCUUAAAGAUGCUCCCGCAUUGAUGCCUGCAGGUGUCAAAUUGGUCGAAUUAGCAUCUCGUCGUAACGGAAGCAACAAAACGUCGCCCGCAUCGUCUCGUCCGGUGACUCCGAAUUCAAUGCCAUCGUCGGAGAACAACACUCCGAACAAUCGACGCAAGCGUCGCGGUGCUCAGCAGAAAAACGUGGUCGUUGUCCAGGAUUCUGAUGCUGAGACUCCGAGGUCUCCAUUCUUGCGUCGCCAUCAAAAUGAUUCGACGUCGUCGACGCCGAUCCAUUCGCCCCAACAGCGUCGUCAUCAUAUGCCGGCCCAUUUGACGGGCAAUAGCCGUGGCAACACGCGUCAAAACAGCCCAGAUUUACAUCAUCAAGUAACACGCCCAAAAUCGUGCAGCUAUUCGGAACCCAUGACGAGCACUCCAGCCGGAACUGCCACCCCACCCGGAUCGCAUAGUCCAUGGGUACGUCGUCGUCUUGGUUUGGUAGCUGGCGGUGGACAAGAAUCCGGACGAUCCAGCCCGCUAGCUGAUAAUCGUCUUUCUGUUCCGGCUAACAUCGUCCGUAUGCCCAAUGGGCCGGAUGGCACUCGCGGCUUCCAUGUUCAAGGACAACACGGUAAGCCGCGCUCAGCUUCCGCGCCCGAAGUCUCGCUCAUGGUGACCGUUUUCUAAAUAGAAAUAAGAGGAAAUGCCGGGGGAAACGGGAAAUUCGAAUUUUUUGAGCGAGGGAAGAUUUAUUAUUUCAUGUAAAUGUUUUUUUUUUUUUUUUGUCGCGUGAAUGUGUGUGGUACCACUAGAUUGAAAAAGUGGUACAUGAUUAUAUAAUUAUUAUUAUCUGUCAGAGUUUAGUUUUUUUUUUUUUUUGGUACAUAGGCAGCUUUUGAGUUCAAUGCCUAUCAAAAAUUGAAGAAGGUAAAAGAAGGAAAUAAUCUCUUUUUCUGUUAAUUAUAAUGUUAUUUCUUCAAAUUAUUUUUUUGGGGGGUCGGCUGUGAUAAGGUUUUUGUGUCUGUGUUCAUCGUCAUCGGGUAUUGUGAAUCAUGUCUCAUCAAAUUAAUUAUUAUUAUUUUUUUUUUUUGGUCCACCAACUAGUCCCUCUUAUGUAACCAUAACUCCCUAAUUCAAUUCUUUAGACUCAUUUGGAAUUGAUUCUUUCUCUCGAAACCCAUUCCACAUAUUACUUGAAAUAAUAUCAAAAAUUUUCAACUUCCUCCCUCGUCGUACCUGUACAUAUAAUUAAUUAAUACAUCGCAAUUUAUUACAUCUAAAUGUCAUGCAAUACUGUCGGGAAUUUUUAGUUGUUGUAAUUUAUGGGAUUGAAGGAG